AGAUAUAAUCCUCCCAGGGAGCCCGUCCUCCACCGGGAGCCGGACGGCGUCUUCCGGAAGCGCGGGACGCUCGGUUUGUGGUGUCUUCGCUCUGGCCGCUGUGCGGUGCUACAGUUAGAGGUUCUAUUUUCCUGAGACUUUAGAAUUUCAGGCUACUUGAGGCCAUUUGAGGCGAAAUGGCUCCGAACGAGAGAGGUUCAAGUGUUGGCAGUGGAGGGGCCGCCGCCACCUUAGGCUGCCCUUAGGGAAGAAGCCUGAGGGGCCCUCUCAGUCCUUGGAGCCUGUGCUUUCUUCCUUUGCCGGGCCCUGCCUACCGCGAAGAUGAGAUCGGCCUGGGUCACUUCUUUCGAAAAGGAGCGUCUGUGGAUGUACCUGCAAGCGCUCGGCUUCGAGCCUUGUCUGGCGACUAUAGCCUGCGGAAAUACCGUGUCACACACGCACUUCGGAGUGAACAUGUUUGACAAGCUGAACCGUGAUGCCUUUCACAUAGUUUCUUAUUUUUUGUUUCAAACACUGGACAAGUCUCUCACCAAAGAAGUUUUCAAACAUUGUUGGCCUCCAUUUGAUCAAAAACGUGAUGUUGAAUUCCGAAAACUUUUCUGUGAAUGGUUGAAAAAGAUUUCUGUCGAAUGUGGAAGUAGCUUUCCUCAAGUUGUUGGUUCACUAUUUCUAUUUCCAGUUGGUCCUAAGUUUAUUCAUGUAAUGUAUCACUUUGCAAGAUUUGUUGCAGUAAAAUAUAUAAAAACCCAUUCUAAAAAUUCUUCUAUACGUUUUACAGAGACAUUUAAUGUAAAACCACAAGAUUUGCACAUAUGCCUUGCCAGAUGCCUUGUAGCACGUAAUAGAUUUUUACAAGUUUUGCAAAGAGAAGAUUGUGUUACCCAAAAAUAUCAAGAAAAUGCACAAUUAUCAGUUAAACAGGUACGAAAUUUGAGAUCAGAAUAUAUGGGACUGCAAAACCAAAUAAAAAAAAUGGAACCCUGUGAUGACCAAAGUAAUAUACAAGAGAAAAUUCAAAAGGUUCGGUCUUUGUGGACUUCAGUGAAUGAAACACUUAUAUUUUUGGAAAAAGAGAGAGAAGUUGUUAGUUCAGUCCUUAGUCUUGAUAACAAUUAUACUUUAGAUGGAACUAACAUUGCUAUCAAUAUUCCGAGCCUCUUACUUGAUAAAAUUGAAAAACAAAUGUGUCAGUUGCACAUAGGAAAUAUUUAUGAGGCUGGAAAAUUGAACAUCUUAACAGUUUUUUGGUUAUUAAAUGAAGUCUUGAAAGUAAUGAAAUAUGAAUGUUGUCAGACUGACCAAGCAAGACUGACAAUAGACCUUCACUUCCUUGAAAAAGAGACCAGAUUUCAGAGAGAAAGACUGUCAGAUCUGAAGCAUAUGAGGUAUAAAAUAACAGAAGCUCUCAAAACUAUAAGACAUUCUAUUGUUGAAAAACAAGAAGAAUGGCAUAAAAAGUGGAAAGAGUUUCUUGGCUUAUCUCCUUUCAGUAUAGUUAAGAGUUCUACUCCAGCUGUGGAUCUUUUACCGCCUAUGUCUCCACUUUCGUUUGAUCCUGCCUCAGAGGAAGCAUAUGCGAGGAGCAUUCUUUUACAGUAUCCUGCUUCACUUCCAGUUACACCUAAGCAACUUAUCCAGGAAAAUAAUUGCAGAAGAGCAAGUGAUAUACUGGAAACUAAAUCUGAUCCAGCCAACAGCCCUGCUUCUUUCCUGUUACAGCCGGUUCCACCAUUAGGUGGAGACAUUGUUACAUUACUUGAAAAGGACACGAAGUUGAUAACUCUUAGAGAGAAAAAUGAAACAGUUCCUAAGAAAACACCAGAAUUUAAAGUGGAAGACUCUUCAUCAUCAAAUAUUGCAAAGAAUACAGAUAGUAGUGCAUGUGGAGGGUCUCUGCCAGCUAAAAAAAGCAAUCCAUUCCAGAAAGAGCAAGAUCAUCUGGUAGAAGAGGUUGCAGGGGCAGUUUUAUCUAAUUCACCACAGCUCUCUGAAGGAAAAGAAGUAAAAUUGGAAGAACUAAUUGACUCUCUAAUUUCUAACCCGUUCUUAACAAGGAGUCAAAUUCCCCGAACUCCAGAAAACUUGAUAAGUGAAAUUCGGAGCUCAUGGAGAAAAGCUGUUGAUAUAGAAGAUAACGGAAGUACAGAAACAAUUCAAGUGGAUACUGAACAUAGAGAAGAAUUGCCAGAAUCCUUACCUGUGGUGCAUAAUCAAAAAGAGUUUAGCAUGGCCAGUUUCUUGUCAGCAGCCACUGUGUCUGAUUCUAGUCAUUCUCAUCUGCCUGAAGAGAAAGUUGUUUCAGAUUGCCUCAAGUGUGUGCCUCAGAAACCUGUGGUGACCACUUGCAUAGGUGAACCAGCAACACAAAAUCCAUCAGAUUUGUUAAAUAAGGACAUAAUUUGUAUGCAAGAUUUGGACUGUACAACUUUACAGAACAAACUUUUAGAAACUAGCCAAAUAGAGACAUUUUCCCCUGCUGUAGGCAACAGAAGAAAUGUGUUAGGUAGCAGUGAAGAAGAUAAUAUUAAAAUAUCAGACCAGUCAAAAGCUUCUUACGAAGACUUUUCCAUGUAUAACAGUACGUUAUGGAACUGUUUUCAGGUAUCAAGUGGAAUUAGUUCCAGUUUUAAAGAUGGUGAUUUUGGCAUAUUACAUGAAACUCUUCCAGAAGUUGGUCACAUAAGUCUUAUUAGCCCCAGUAGUACAGAGGCCACUUUUAAACUGGAACCAAAUAGUCCUAUGCACAGUGGCGUUUUCACAGAUGUUGUGGGAGAAAAACAGACUGCUCCAGAAUCAGACUUCAAUUUACAGGCUACUUGCAGUGGAUAUGAGGCUCUGAAGAAAUCUCCAUCCGAGCGAAGGGAAGAAAUUUACCUCUCUAAUCCUGAAAUACUUGAAAGACACAAACCAGAAUUGAGCCUUACUCCCCAAAAGAUGCAGACUGAUGAUAUGCUUAAUUUUUUUGGCAUUCAUGAUUUGCACAUUGACUAUACAAAAUCAUCUUCACGCAUGUCCCUUGGUGAAAGAAAACGGUCUCUUUCACCACUAAUUAAGUUUUCUCCAGUGGAAGAAAGAUUGAAGACCACAAUACCAUGUAACCUUGGAGAACUUCUACCUGAUUUAACAGAAGAAGAAGUCUUGAAUAAGAGCCUUGAUGCAAAAGUAUCUCCUUCUGACUCGACAAGAUGAAGCAGUAGCCCAGUCAGUUUAACUAUGAUGCACUUAAGUUGAAGCAAUGUCACAAAAUAAAAACUAAUUUGCAGUUUAAAUACACAUGGGAAGUGUAACUGUUUUUCAAGGUCUAAAAAAGUCUUAAAUAAUGCCUGUUAGCCUUUUCUACUGUUUUUAGGUAAGGAGAGUAUGUUUGGAUUUUCUUGCUUUGUAUGGAUAGGGGGUUGAACUGUGAAGUAUUGGAAAGCAAAUAUCAAAUUAUGUGAAGCCAUUUUGGUUUCUUGACUAAUCUUGAGAUUUUUUUAUCAUUUGAGCUACCCAGGAAGCCAGAGUAAUACUGUAAGCAUGAAGUAAAUGACAAACUAGUAGGCUAAUUUAUUAUGUCCUAAUUCAGUUAAUUAACAUAAAAAUGAGUAGUUUUUGAUGUAAUUUUAUCAAGUGGUUUACUUAAUAGCUAUUAGAUAUACUGAUUUUUCUUUUUAGGGAAAUAACUUCUAUUAAGUGAGGAGAGUAAAUGUAUAGUCCAAAUGACAAAGUUUAAGUUGGGAAAGCUCUAAAGAGGCUUAAUGAUUAUUCAAGUAGGUUGAUCCUGAAAAAUGAUGUUUGAUAGAAUAAAGUGCCUGUGAUGAUAGUGAAGACUGGGGUAGAAUGAAUUUAGAAAAAAGAAAAAAGUGGAAGAUGACUAGAUAUUUUUGAGGGACAAUAACUAUAAAUCCAUUCAGUGGGUUGUAUAGCAGUUUUAUGUUUAGUCUAAUUUAGACUUUGAGAAUUUAACUCUAGUUUUUUAUUUUAACAGAAAAAAAUAAAAAAUUAGUCUGUUUUUUGGAGGGGCACUAUUUUUUGUGGAGCUAUUUUGUAUCGUUACUUUCCUCCUCAAAAACCAUUAGUUCCCCAACUGCCUAUAGAAUAGCUUCAAAUUAACUUGAAAAUACUGAAUUUGGGGUUAAAUAACUUGUUUGUUGUUACACAGCUAAGUCAGUGAUGAAGCUAGGGUUUGACCCUAUUUUCCUUCCGUAAUAAACCAACAAGACCUCUCAGAACUAAAAGGCCAAAGGUGUAGGAUAUAUGGCUGCAGGAGUGGGCUUUCUGGACUCUAAAUGGGAGUCAGAGGUGAGGUCUCUUGUACAGUUUCCUGCCUGAUUUAGUCAGGCCUCGCAGCCAAGAGAAAGGCUUGUCUUUAGCAUUCAGGUGAAUACAUGCCAUUCAGUUCAGUUCAGUUGCCCAGUCGUGUCCGACUCUUUGCGACCCCAUGAAUCGCAGCACACCAGGCCUCUCUGUCCAUCACCAACUCCUGGAGUUCACUCAGACUCACGUCCAUCGAGUCAGUGAUGCCAUCCAGCCAUCUCCAUUACCCUCUGUGAACCAGGAGGUUAAGUACCUGCUGGGAGGAUUAUAGCACCUACAGCACCCCUGUGUUUAAUGCCAGCUCUUAACCAUCAUAGCUUUGUCCAUUUGCCAAGAAACUGG